AUGGAUUACAGUUGCGUACCAGAUUACCAGAACAAUCCAAUGAGGACAGAGCCUUGGUUGUUCCUUACCCACGUCAGCUCCUUUGUUAAUCGGUCAAAAGGAGGCAAAGGGCUUCUAGAGUUGAAGGGUUCAAACUACAAUAUCAGGGGCUAUCCAAUUGGAGAAAAAUCUACUGCUUUCUGUCGUCAAUGCAACAUCCAGGACGUGUCAUACAUACGAAGAUACCUUUUAAAGUUUAUUGUCUCUGAUGACUACACUGAAGUCGUAAUCACUUUAUUUGAUGCCGCGGAGAGCUUAGCUGGUUGUAGUGUUGUCGAAUAUGCAAAAGAAGUUUUUACAAAGAAAGAGAAAAGUGGAUACUACAGAAAUUUGGUGCUGAUUGAAGAUAAAGAAUACAAGUUUUUGGUGAAGAUGGACAAGAAAGGUCAAAGCAAUAGGGAUCAGAAGCAAAUUGUGGUGCAAGAAGUAUACAAAACCGUCAAUGGAGGAAAGAAAAUAGAGGAAGUCCGAAGCCAUCACUUGGAUAAGAAAAUGAAGCUAGAAAAGUAG